AUGGCAUCUCAAACGCAAGGCAUUCAACAGCUUCUUGCUGCAGAAAAACGCGCAGCGGAAAAAAUCAAUGAAGCCAGGAAACGUAAAGCGCAACGUUUAAAACAAGCUAAACAAGAAGCACAGGCUGAGAUUGAAGAAUACCGAGUUGAACGGGAACGUCAAUUCAAAGAAUACGAGCACAAAUACCUUGGGAAGAAAGAGGAUAUUGAAACCAAAAUUAGACAAGAUACAGAAGACAAUAUUAGGAAGAUGGAAAGUUUCGUUGCGAAAAAUAAACAACAGGUUAUUGUUCGUUUGCUACAAUUAGUAUGCGACAUUCGACCGGAACUCCAUCAAAAUCUUCAAAUUCAGAAGAAACUUCAAGGAAUACAUUUCUAA